UGCAUUAUAACCUUCUCACUGACAACUAUUGGCCGCUAUUUGCCCACACACACAACGGUAAUAUGAAAGCGCGUGUUUCCCCUAGGAACUUCUUUCCGCUCAUCCAAUCAUUGGUAAACCGAGCCAAAGUGUAAUUAUACUGAAGCGAAAUUGAAGCUGGACUGAGCUAGGACUGUCGGACUUACAGACUAAGUGUUGUGUAGUGGUAUAUAGUUAGAGAAAAUUAUGUGGUAAACGAUUUCUCGAAUCAACAACUCUAUUUCAUAGGACAUGAUUUUAGCUGGUGCCUUUUCUUAAAGAGAAACAAACAGGACAAAUGCCACACGUGGAAUACAGAAUUAGAAUGACGAUGCCAUGAUAUAUAUAUCGAGUGUAAAUUAUUACAGAAUUGAUUGAGUUGUCUAUAAGCGAAUAAUGGAAGUUAGCCGAUUCGAUUAGUGAAAUGAUCAGUGUUUUAACGAUAUCACUACUACGACAACGGCACAUGAUGCAGUAAUAUUGUGGAAAUGCUUAAUAGACGUUCAAAGACCAAGUUCUGCUCUGUGGUUCUUAUUGUGACCAGUCUUGGCUUAAUUGUUCUCAUGAGAUACGUUAACUCUUCAAGCCAGACACAUCAAGAAAGGGUAGUCAGAGAUAUUGGUCGUUCAAAAAUAUCACAGGAUUCAGAAUGUUGUAACGGUACCCUCGGAUACGCAACAAACAAUGCACAGUUUUCUGUGACGUGUUCAAAAAUGAAGUGCUGUAACGGAAGUGAAACUGUAGCAGUGAUCCCAGUUGAGGUAGCUUUAGGAUUUCGUUUCCGUUGUAUGCCCAAAACUCACAUUCGUCCAGUGUGUUAUCAGCCAGGAACGGAAGUGCGGUCCAGUAAUCAAGAUCCAGAUCAUAUACCACGUGCCUGUUGUGAUGGCGCCAAAUUUGAAUUAGAACUAAAUAAAUGGUAUGCUGCCAUGUCUGUUAAGUGUGUUUUAAGGUAGCAUAAGAUAUAGUUUACUAGUUUUGAUACAAGGCGUAGCUUCAAAUUAUCUACAGAUAAUUAAGAGUAGAUUUUCCACUGACAACCGGAUUCAUUAAAGAACUUGCGCCAAAGCAGGAAACGGAGCAGAACAAAUAAGUUCCGGUCUGUUCAUAAAUUCAACCAUUUCAAGCCCCUUCAUGAAUUCCCAUCGUAUUUGUAUGUAAAGUAAAAAUAAAAUGAAUAUUAAAUCAAGAAAUAAAAUCGCAUUAUAUAUUGGGUAAAACUAUUUCAACAUAUCAAAGCAUCAAUGUUUAGCUUACUUUUUAUACACCCAUAUUUUAUGUGAUCAUAUAUUGUCGUUGCUCCUGUCUUUCUGUCACUCUGUCUUUCCUGACAGCCACGGUGGAUAAGUGAGUAAGACGCGGGCUCCCUAGCCUGGAGGACGGGUGUUCGAUCCUUGGAUAGGCCGAGAAAGUUUAGGACGGAGGGCCUGACAAGGAUAGCUGUCUAGUCGUUCGGAUGGGACGAAAACUCGAGGUCCCGUGUAUCAUUGGCAUGCACGUAAAAGAUCCCUUGGCAGUUGGAAUUCAAUAUAAGAGUAGACCAUAGUGCCGCUGUCCGGGCAAAAUUUCCCUCAUAGCACACUGUAUGGCGUAUGCCCGUCUUCAUUAGCCUAGUCGGAGCAGAACAGUAGGACGUUAAACCCCAUUUCAUUUCUGUUUUUUCCGGUCGAUUGUCAUUCCACCCUUUCAUGGGUGGAUCAUUAUAAAAAUUGACAUUAAACGAGAUGUUGGAUUUCUCUCUUUAAAAAUCUCAAUGUGUAGAGACGAUGACGGCAUCGUACAUUGUCAGCAGUCAAAUUUCCUUAACAGGGGCCUGGCAAACCCCCUCUUGCAAAAAUUCCUGGAUCCACCCUUUCCUUUUACUUUAGUGAAACGAAAAUUUCCUUUGAAAUGCUGAUUAUAUCUUUAAAUUUAUUAUCCUUGAUCUUUUUUGCACACUAUUAUAAACUCUGUACUGACAAAAACAAACUGUUCGAUCUAUUUGCACUUUCUUUUCUUAAAUCACUUAGUGGAACUUGUCAUUUCGAAUUUCAUUUCUAAUAUUGACUGCAAAAGUUGCUGCCCUCGAUCACUGUAGACUGUUUUUAACACACAAUUGCCAGUGGUCAUAAUCUGACAAAGCUCUUGGUGGGUGUAUAUUUUGUUACCUAACAUAUCUUUAUUAUUCACACUAAGAAUCUUAAUUUAAAAUAUAUUCUCACAAAAUAUAUUUAAAUUGUACAUAACAUAUCCAUCUUUUACUUUAUCUAGAUUGUAUACAAUGUAUAUAUAGCUGUGCACAUAAUAUAUUUUUCCAAAAAUGGGUGCUUUUAAAUAUUGUGAUUGUGUGAUCUCACUGCGUCUAAUGUAGCACCGAUGAUUUCAAGAUGGUGGAUUAUAUUUGUGAUCACGUGAACAUAUUUUCAAACGUCCAUUUAGUUUCUACAAUUCCACACUUGCCAGUCAUUUGCCAUGUCUCAUCUCUGUUUAUUAUUUGAUGUAUCAUUACGGAUAUCGUAUGUAUACAAAGCAGUACAAGCAGAAGAGCCCAAAGCAGGCAGUUCCCAUGGUCAUAACUUCGAAGCUUUCGUAAAUAUGAAGUAGCAGAGGUUGGGCAGGCCGGUAGCUCUGUGUAGCUGCUGGAUCAAACGAUGAUACCGGUGGAGAGAGUAUUAAUAGAAAUUUAAAAAUCCCUACUCAUUUCAUAAAGGGUUUGUUAACCCGAAACAUUAUGAAGAUGAAUCAACCUCCUCUCAUUUCAACCUAAUGUCUGUUUUUGUACUGCUGUUCAGCGGGGAUUUUUAAAUACCGUUCUUAGUGAAAGCAUUCCAUAAAAGUAUGCGCCUCACUACGAUCUAUAACGUAUUUAUGUUGAUAAUGACCCUUGCUUCUUUAAAUGCAACCAAAAUUUGUAUUUUUUCUGAGCCCUGACAGUAUAUUGAUUUAGGGUGGAUUGAAAACAGAUCAGCGCCUGGAUAUCAAAGGAAGAAACGCGACAAAAUCGGUAGGAUAAUCUUUGAAAUAUAGGUCCUAACAAUUGUUCGCCCAUUUACUUGAAAUACCAAGGGAUUCAAAGACAGACAGAUUAUAGCCAAACAAAUCGUCUUGCACUGAGCAAUUUUUCAAGACAAGUCGAUCACUGUGAUCGAUUAAAAUUCUAGAUGUGUGACAAAAAUAAUUAUAGGCUAUCAAUUGCCGUAUUAAUCCAUCUCUUUCUCUAUAUUUGAUCAGCUUGCUAUAUUGAACAGUUAAUAUUGAUUAAAGAACACUCAUAUAUAAUUUCUAUCAUUAAAUGAGGACGAAUCUGACCACCAGUUAUUUUCUAUUACUUUACUCGAUACGAGAUAACCUGGAAUCUUCACUCGUACGGUGAAUCUGAUUAGUGGACAGAUUCUAAAGCUCGCCAAAUUUUUCAAAUACUAUACCUGAUGUACACAUUGUAUACAUUGGCGUAAAUGUUAAAGAACCCUUGGCAGUUGGAAUUCGAUAUAAGAGUAGGCCGUAGUACCGCUGACCGGGAAAAAAUUUCCUUUACAGCUGAACAGUAGGGCGUUAGACCCCAUUUCAUCUAAGAUAACAUAUUAUACAUCUAACCAAUUGUUUUUAAUACUAUACCUGAUCUGAUAUAACAUGGAUUUUUAUUGUGCGUAUAUUUGUUUUUUUAAUAUUGCCUAUUCAGCCUAGCUCAAAUGUAGAGAGGGCCAUUGAUUCCUGCAAAAUAGUAAUAGUUAAAAUGACAAUCACGCAUACCUACCAAUGACAUAAUAAAAGAUAUGUUUUCAGUGUUGAAAUGUUAUGGUGAAAGGGUAUUUAAAUAAAAUUUUAACUUCAAAUUCAUUUGGCCCUUUCAUGUGGUUAUGAACAUUUUGGCCGGUAUGUGAGGCGCCUGCAUGUAAUAAUUUUUCCAUUUGUGGGAGACUAUUUCCAAGAGUGAAAAAGUAUUCAAUUCGAACUGAGCUUCAUAAUCAAAUGAAUAGUUGAAUAAUUGAAUUUAAUAGAAUCAAUCUUUUAAAACAAAAGUCAACAGUUAAAAGAAAAUGUAAAGAAAAAUAUGUCGUAAACGGUAUAAUUUGUAGAUAUAUAAAUUGCUUGUAUAUGUAGGUAUUUCUUGUGUUAAUAUCAGACUAGAGGUUGUGAAUCUAUAUGAAUUAUGUAUGAAUGAUAAUAAAUGUGUCAAUUGGGUCAAUAUAUAAAAUCAUAUAUAAUAUAUGAUUAUCACAAUAAUGUAUUUUCUUC